AGUGUUCCUUGGCGCUGCCUAUUUAGAGGUUGACUCUGUGUGUGAUUUAGUGAAGUGUUGAGAAAUUUCCGCUGGCCAUUCUGCUGGAGUGUAGGCACUUUCCCGCCGCUAUGACGGAGACCAUCAAAGCUGGAUACAGCAAGAAUUCGACGCUGCUGUUUGGGGAGCACGAAGUCACUUCGUCGGAGGGCGUCCAGCAGGGAGGUCCUCUCGCCUCAUUCCUCUUCUGCAUACAUAGCGCGGAGAGAGGCGGGAGAGUGUCAGUGUGUAUAGGUUGUGGAGGCGUGAUUCACGACCAGUACAUCCUGCGGGUGGCACCGGACAUGGAGUGGCACGCUGCCUGCCUCAAGUGUGUCGACUGCCACCAGUUCCUGGACGAGUACUGCACCUGCUUCGUCAGGGACGGCAAGACCUACUGUAAGAGGGACUACGUCAGAUUAUUUGGUGCGAAAUGCGACAAGUGUGGACGGAUGUUCGAGAAGACAGACUUGGUUAUGAGAGCCAGGACGAAAAUCUACCAUCUGGAUUGUUUCAGAUGCUCCGCAUGUCGCAAGCAGUUGCUUCCGGGAGAUGAAUUCGCCAUACGCGGAGAACAACAGACACGACUAACGUCAGCACAACGACUUCAAGAUAUAGUGAGAUCUGGUGAGAAGGCAAACGAAUGCCGACAGUUUGAGGCAAGUGAACUCGAAUGCAUUCACAUGAGACUUUUAUUGAGAGCAUCAAGAUUCAAGGACAGAAACGUCUUCAGUAAAGAUGCCACGAGUCAACGCAUUCGUGUUCAUAUCCUUUUCGUAAUUAUUUCUAUCAGAAUGUAUUUUAAUGCCUUUUUCUUGGUGUUCCUGAUGGAUGAUUACUUUUUCUCUUGGCGUGAUUUCAUAAAUGCCUUCUCUCCCACAGGUGAGGGGAAGCCGGUGAGAAAGGAACGACGGGAGGGAAAGACUACAAGGGUUCGGACCGUUCUGAACGAGAAACAGCUACACACGCUCAGAACCUGUUACGCUGCCAACUGCCGUCCCGACGCCCUCAUGAAGGAGCAGCUGGUGGAGAUGACGGGACUCUCACCCAGGGUCAUCAGAGUCUGGUUCCAGAACAAGAGAUGUAAGGACAAGAAGAGAUCUAUACUCAUGAAGCAAAUGCAACACGAAAAGGAGAAGCAGAUGGCGCUGCAAGGCAUCACUGGCGUGCCCAUGGUGGCGUCCUCGCCCAUCCGGCACGACGGGGCGCCCAUGGGCGUGGGCAUGGGCGGCCCAGUCGACGUCACUGCCUACCAGCCGCCCUGGAAAUCCCUGACGGAGUUCGCCCUCACUCACGACCUGGAGAGGCUCGACCCCUCGACCCCUCAGUACCAGCAGCUGGUUCAGCAGAUGCAUGGCUACGGUGCUGAGAUGUGCGCAGCGGCGGACCUCCUGGGGCCGCAGUCCCAGAUGCACCCGCAACCGCAGCCGCAGCAGUCGCAGCAGCAGCACCAGCCGCAGCACCAGCCGCACCCCGACUCCAAGUACGACACGGGUCCAUUCGACGACUCCGUUCACAGCGACUCCUACGUGUCGUACCUUGAAUCGGACGACUCCAUGACGGCCCCGCUAAGCACGACCACCAGCCCCUGAUGGUUGAGGCCCCGGGUAGUCGUCACAGCGUAGCUAAGUCGUCGUUUUCACCGUCGUUGUCGUCGUCCCCUCCUCUCCCGUCGUUGCUGUCAAAUCAUCCCAUCUCAACUCACCACAUGUUCCUCCUGGUGGGAGGUUGAAGCACAAGCCGGGGCCAGGUGGUGGUUGUUGCUGCUGCAAAUUGUGGUAGUUGUGGUAGCGGUCGCGGCAGUGACAUCAUAAAAGCGACGUCAACAGUGGCCCACACACUGUUAAAGAAGCAGUGGUGAGGCCAGUGGUAAACACAUCGUGGACUGACUCUCUCUUAUACUCCGACUGGAAAAAACACAAGAUGAUAGAUACACGCGCGUCAGGGGUGUACUUCAGUGUUGAGAAAAGCACUGAUCAUGACAGGUCUUGUUAUAGAGACCUGAACUAUAGCAGGUCACACAGGGGCUGAAGUGUGAGCUACAGUAUGACACGCGGGGGCUGCAGUAGGAACUACAGCAGGUCACACGGGGGCUGCUAUGGGAACUAAAACAGAUCACGAGGCUGCAGUGUGAACUACAGAUCACACGGGAGUUGCUGUAGGAACUAUAGCAGGUCACACGGGGGCUGCAGUAGGAACUAUAGCAGGUCACACGGGGGCUGCAGAAGGGACUAUAGCAGUUCACACGGGGGCUACAGUGUUUGUGUUCCACAGGUCACGUUGAAGAGACUUAAAUUUCCAGAUGUGAAUCUGCUGUGACUUGAACCUCGACCUGAUCGACUCUGGAGACAAAAAAAAACGUGUCAUCCACUUGUUUUCCAAUUGUAAAGAAAUGUAACCGAAGAUACUUUCCCGACGGAAUUUGGCUGGUGUCUAGUUGAUUAAAAAUUAGAACCUACUCAAUUUCCUGUUUAAUGUUCCAAAUAUGCUACACAAGUGCCAGGGAACGUUAACAAUGUUCACCAUCAUUGUGAACACUUCCAUGGAGGUUCAGUUCAAGGUGUUUUAAAACUGCAUUUCUGUGUUCAUAAAAAAAGUGUCCAGAUUUUUUUGUAUCUAUGGUGUGUGGGACACUAUAAGUGUGUGUGUGUGUGUGUGUGUGUGUGUGUGUGUGUGUGUGUGUGUGUGUGUGUGUGUGUGUGUGUGUGUGGAGGCCACAUGUCCUUAAACCUGAUUCUCUCCAAGGGACUGAUCCCCCUAGACUCCUAUGUUAACUUUAAGCACAAAAUAUGAUCAUUAUUUGUACUGUGUGAACAAUGUUCAACUUUUUAACACGAGAUCUACCUAACUAUUAUUAAAAUAUUUUUUAUGCUAUUAUAAUAAUUUUGCAGCAGCUUUAAUUGUUGAAUUGUGUGAUGAUUGUAAAUGUUGUUUGUGUUCUUAGUUCUUCCAUUUCUUCCCUCUUAGUUCUUCCAUAUCUUCCCUCUUAGUUCUUCCAUUUCUUCCCUCUUAGUUCUUCCAUAUCUUCCCUCUUAGUUCUUCCAUUUCUUCCCUCUUAGUUCUUCCAUAUCUUCCCUCU